CCCCCCCCGAGUAACUCCCGUCCUGAACCACUCCCCACUAUCGCUUUUACCCUGGACCUCCACCCCACCAGGGAGGCGCUCUCAUUCUCCCGCAGSGUUCUUGUCCCGCCGGGCGAGCGCUUCCCUCGGCUCUCACUUCCGCUUCCAUCGCCGCUUUCCCGCAACCGCAGCCGAGCCCGGGAAAACCGCGCGCGCUCGGGACGCUUCCGGUAGCACUUCCGCUUCCGGUCGGGCGGCCGGGCCGGUUGAGGGGAGCGAAGCGGCGGCGGCUCCGGGCCCUGCAGCGCUCCCGGGGACGGCUGAGGGGAGCGAAGCGGCGGCGGCUCCGGGCCCUGCAGCGCUCCCGGGGACGGCUGAGGGGAGCGAAGCGGCGGCGGCUCCGGGCCCUGCAGCGCUCCCGGGGACGGCUGAGGGGAGCGAAGCGGCGGCGGCUCCGGGCCCUGCAGCGCUCCCGGGGACGGCUGAGGGGAGCGAAGCGGCGGCGGCUCCGGGCCCUGCAGCGCUCCCGGGGGCCCCGCUCCUCUCCCGGGGCCCCGCUCCUCUCCCGGGGGCCCCGCUCCUCUCCCGGGGCCCCGCUCCUCUCCCGGGGCCCCGCUGCGUUCCCAGGGCCCCCUCCGGUUCCGGACCCUUUACUUCUGCCCUCCCGGGACCCCGCGGCCGCCGGGCCUUUCCAGCCGCGUUUUCCCCCCGCUGUCCCCGUCGCACGGAGCCGAGGCGGCGGCGCUGCACCCCCAUGAGGAUGGAGGCCCGGGAGGUGGCGCGGGCCCGGCACGGUCUGGUGUUCAAGGCCUUUCCUCAGGGACCGCCCGAGAACAAGUUUUUUGCUCCCAAACUCAGCAACUUCUCCUGCACCUCUGGAAAUGCCUCCUGCUCCCUCAGGUACAGCCCAGAAAUUCCCUGUCCCGAGAGAUUCCCAGGAGCCAAUGGGCAGUGGAGGAGCUCAGGGAAGCCUCGGGGGAGCAGAGGGUCCUACCUGGAAUCCCGGAAAAAUUCCAGCGGGAAUUCCAACAAUUUUGUGGGAAAAUCCAACCUGCACAGCCACAGCUCCUCCUUUCCCAUCAAACCAGCCCCAAGCCCCUCCUGGAGCCGCCGCAGCCCCAAAAAGACCCCGAGGCGCUUCCUGAGCACCGCUGAGGAGACUGUGCGGGAAGAGGAGCGGGAGAUUUACCGGCAGCUGCUCCAGAUGGUGACGGGGAAACGAUUCUCAGGCUCCAAAUCAUCCCCGCUCUUCCCAUUCCACCUCUCCAGGUGCCCYGAUUCCGGCCAAUCCCUGCUGAAGGAGGCUUCCCGUGAGGAUUCCCAGGCACCGGAAACUCCCAAAAUUCCGGUUUCCGGCCCCAUCCCGCAGUCCCUGGAGCUGCUCCGUCCCAAAAAGGCCCCCCUGGGCCCCUCUGUCCCAGGGUAUCCCGGGGGCUUCCAGCCCCAAARUUCCGUGGCACCGCAGCAACGGGAGCAGCAGGAGGAGUCUGGUGGCCAGGCUGAAGGGUCAGAUUCUGUUAUUUUGCUCAAGGUCAAGGAUUCCAGGACUCCAGCUCCGAGCCUCCCCUUUUUCCAGGCUGAGCUGUGGAUCAAAGAACUCACCAGUGUCUACGAUUCCCGAGCCAGGGAGAGGUGGAGGCAAAUCGAGGAGCAGAAAGCUCUUGCCUUGCAGCUUCAGAGCCAGCGCCUGCAGGAACGGGAGCGCUCGGUGCAGGAGCUGGUGGAUCUGCACCUMCGGGUGCCCCUGGAGAAGGAAAUUCCCGUCACCGUGGGGCCGGAGGAGAAGGAGGAUCCCAGAGCGGCUGAGAGGGACGAGGAAUUCCCAGAAAUCACCGAGGAAAUGGAGAAGGAAAUCAAGARCCUUUUCCGAGGAGGGAACCAGGACGAGGUGCUGAGCGAGGCUUUCCGCCUGACCAUCACCAGGAAGGACAUCCAGACCCUCAACAACCUCAACUGGCUCAACGACGAGAUCAUCAACUUCUACAUGAAUUUGCUGAUGGAGAGGAGCAAGGAGAAGGAUUURCCCACCGUCCACGCCUUCAACACCUUCUUCUUCACCAAAUUGAAGACGGCCGGGUACCCCGCGGUGAAGAGAUGGACCAAAAAAGUGGAUAUUUUCUCUGUGGAUCUGCUCCUGGUGCCCAUCCACCUGGGAGUGCACUGGUGCCUGGCUGUUGUGGAUUUCAGGAAGAAAACCAUCACCUAUUAUGAUUCCAUGGGGGGGAUCAACAGCGAGGCCUGCAGGAUCCUGCUGCAGUACCUGAAGCAGGAAAGUUUGGAUAAGAARAGGAAGGAAUUUGACACCAAUGGAUGGGCCCUGCUGAGCAAGAAGAGCCAGGAGAUCCCGCAGCAGAUGAACGGCAGUGACUGUGGAAUGUUCGCCUGCAAAUACGCCGAGUGCAUCUCCAAGGACAAACCCAUCAACUUCACCCAGCAACACAUGCCCUACUUCCGGAAGAGGAUGGCCUGGGAGAUCCUGCACAGGAAGCUCCUCUGAUGCCAAGAAACCCCGAAAUUCCUCGGAUUUGGAUCAGAAAAUCCCGGAUUCUCCUCGGGAUCCACUCCAGGACGCAGCCGAGGGACRCCGGGUCCAGCUCUUCCCAAACAAAGCUCCUGGAUCUGGGGGAAUAGAAAAGUUUGGAAGCACAGUUGGGAUUUUUGGAGUUUUUCCCUCUUUUUUGCAAUUCCCAGGUUGCUUUUCCAGGUGCUGGGAUAGGGAAAUUCAGGAAUUUUUGUGGCUUUCGGAGCUGAAUUUUGGGAAAAGGGGAGGAUUCCACCGAUUUGAGUUGGGAAAAGCUGGAUUUGGGAAGAGCAAGGGAAGGUUUUGAUUGUGGAGGGAAUUUUUGGGGAUCAUUCCCCUUUUUUCCCUAUUUUUUUAACCUCAUUCCCAAUGUUUUGGGAUCUUAUCCAUGGGAAAACCUCAGUUGGGAUGCAGGGGAGAGUCUGGGAUGAUCCCUGGGAGUAAUUUGUGCUUAARUCCACGUUUUCCCCUAUUUUUCUUCCCAAAUGCCCACUUCAUAGCACCAUUUUUUCUGGGAUUAAGCUCUGGAAUGCAGCACCACGGAAUUUCUCUGGAUUUAUUCCCAAACUUUGCUUUUUUGAGGGAUAAACCCCAAAAUCUGAGAAAAAUCUGGGAUAUUUUGGGAAUUGGUGGGGAAUUUUCCCUCCCUUUGGAGCUUCUUCAUCCCUGCAUGGAUCCAGCAACUCCCAUUGCAUUUUCCAGGUGUUUUUUCCACCUUUUUCCUGGAAAAAAGGCUCCCAAAUCCUCUCCCAGCACCUCUGUGAUCGCAGRAACGGCAGCAACCWUGGGGAAAGCCCCAAAMUCCUCCAAAUUCCUUCAAUUCCCCAAGAAAACAGUAUGUGGGAGCUUUUUCCAGGAUAAAAAACCCAGGAUUUUGAGGCUUUCCACACCUCUUUCCCUGGAUUAAUUUAUUCCCAAUUGUUUUUGGAGCUUUCCAACCCUCUGGAUUUGCUCUUCCUUGUGGAAAAGAAGAUUUUUAAGGAGAAGGAAAGAGUGGGGGAAAYCCCAAAUUUUUGUAUUUUCCCUCUCCACAGGGAAAGGGAAUUUUUCUACAUUUUUCCCAAGCUGGGAGCAGUAGUUUUGUACCAAAUUCCUGAUUUUUUGAGCCCCUUUUCCUGUUUUUUCCCAGCCCUUUGUGUCCCUUUGGAUCCCAAAUUCCCUCCCUUCCCUCUCCAUGUGUUUUAUACCAGAUUCAUUUCCUACUUUUUUUAUCUUUUAUUGGAAUAAAAGCAAUGAAAAAAAACCCUGAAAUUGUGGAA